AUGUUUUCCAGAGUAUCUCUGACUCGAAGCUUCCUCCGAGCUGCCAAGCCAGCCACAGUUCCACGUAGAGCUCUCAUGACCCUUCCUUCGUUUUCGCUCGAAGGAAAGACUUGUGUUGUCACCGGCGCUGGAAGAGGAAUUGGCAAAGAAUGUCUUACUGCUUUUGCGCUCAGUGGUGCCCGCGGGGCUUGCGUUGACCUUACUCGCUCCAUUGGUGAGGAAUCGAUCGAUCACAUCAAAACAAGUAUUGAAACCACGAAUCCCUCUUACAAACCCGACCUCCGUGCUUAUGGAUGUGAUGUGGCAUCAGAAGACGCAGUACAAAAAACAUGGACAGAGAUCGUCGAAGAUUUUGGACAUGUCGAUGUAGUUGUUACAGCUGCCGGCAUUGUUGAGAAUUAUGAGGGAGAGAAAUAUCCUUUUGACAAAUGGAAGAGAAUGGUGGACAUAAAUCUUAACGGAAGCUUCUUGUUCGCCAAGGAGGCAGGGAAAUACUGGAUCGAGAAAAAGUCUAAGGGGAGCUUGAUUCUGAUAUCAUCGAUGAGCAGCAUGAUUUGUGUCAGACCACAAAAGCAAGCAGCGUAUAAUGCUAGCAAAGGAGCCGUCUCAAUGCUUGGUAAGAGUUUGGCCACAGAGUGGGGCCCCUAUGGGAUCAGGGUCAACAAUUUAUGUCCCGGAUACGUGAAAACAGACCUCAUAAUUGAUCUUUUGGAAAAGGAAGGAAAUCAUAUCGAAGAAAACUGGGUAAAAGACAUACCAAUGGGGCGUCUCAGUCAUCCAAGUGAGUUACAGGGAACGCUCGUCUAUAUGGCGAGUGAUGCAUCGAGCUAUUUGAAUGGCUGUGAUCUUGUCGUUGACGGUGGAUAUACCUGCUAUUAA